GCACCUAAGCACCAGUUAAUCACAAGAAUUAGCAGAGAAACGCAGAUCACCCCCUUGUCUCUCUCUCUAAUCUCUAUAUGUGUGUGUCUGUAUAUAUACAUAUAUAUGUCUUUUCUAUACACACAUGUCCGGUCAAUGAAAAACAGUUGAAUUUCUGUAUUGAGUAUGUAAAGGAGACACAGGAAAAUAAGAGAAACCCAAUUUCUCUCUCUAUAUUUCGACCACCUAUGCUUCGUCUUAGUUUGUACAGAGAGAACAGGCAGAGAAAAACAUUCUAGACGGAAAAAUAUAGAGAGAGAGAGAGAGUGAGAGCAAAGAGCAGUUGAAUCUUUGUCUUUGAAAAUUUCAGGGCAACAACACCACCAACCACAAGAAGAAGAAGAGAUCGAUGGGAAUUCUAAUAGACGACGUAGUGAUAAUCAGACAGUCUGAAAGAGAAGGAGAGCCAAGUGUGAUUACUGUCAAUUGCCCUGAUAAGACUGGCCUCGGUUGUGAUCUUUGCCGUCUCAUCCUUUUCUUUGGUUUGAGCAUUGCCAGAGUUGAUGUGUCUACCGAUGGGAAAUGGUGCUACAUAGUGUUCUGGGUGGUUGGGAAGCCGAGUACAAGAUGGGGUUUAUUGAAGAAGAGACUCUUAGGGGUAUGCCCUUCUUGUUCUUCAGCUUCUGGGAUCUCUUUUUACCGAUCCGAAUUGCAGCCGCCCAAGCCUCCUGAUGUGUUCCUCUUGAAGUUAUGUUGCCAUGACCGAAGAGGCCUAUUACAUGAUGUGACGGAGGUGCUAUACGAGCUUGAGCUCACUAUAAAGAGAGUGAAGGUAUCCACCACCCCAGAUGGGAAAGUGAUCGACCUGUUCUUCAUCACAGAUACCAGGGAACUUCUACAUACAAGAAAGAGGCAGGAGGAUACUUAUGACCAUUUAAAAUCUGUUAUGGGGGAUGCCAUGAUAAGUUGUGACAUAGAAAUGGUUGGUCCUGAAAUUACUGCAUGUUCACAAGGGCUUUCUUUUCUUCCUCCUGCAAUCACAGAAGACAAGUUUAACUUAGAGAUGCUUGAUGAACGGCAAAGUGAAAGGCUCACCUUCAACAGUGUAUCUAUCACAAUGGAUAACUCACUCAGUCCCGCUCACACGCUUGUCCAAAUUGUUUGUCAAGAUCACAAAGGUCUCCUUUACGAUAUAAUGAGAACUUUAAAAGAUUACAAUAUCCAGAUAUCUUAUGGGCGCUUCACGUCGAAAGAGAGAGGUAAUUGUGAGGUGGACUUGUUCAUUAUGCAAGCAGAUGGGAGGAAGAUUGUUGACUCUAGCAAGCAGGCUGCAUUACGCUCUCGUCUUCAAAUGGAACUAAUCCGUCCCUUAAGAGUAGCUUUGGAGAGCCGGGGACCUGAUAUAGAACUGCUGGUAGCCAACCCUGUGGAGUUAUCUGGCAAGGGUCGACCUCUCGUUUUUUAUGAUAUCACCCUUGCGCUCAAGAUUCUCAACACUAGCAUCUUUUCGGCUGAGAUUGGGAGGCACAUGAUUGGAGAUCGGGAAUGGGAAGUUUACAGAGUUUUACUUGAUGAGGGAGAUGGCUUGUCUAUGCCAAGGAACAUGAUUGCGGAAGCAGUUUGGAAGAUGUUAAUGGGUUGGGAAUAAUGAUGUAUCAAGAUAUUAUUCCUCCAGGAUUGCAAAGGCUCCUUCAACCUCUGUAUAGUAUACCUUUUCCCAGUUAUAUUUACUGGGUGUAAAUAUGGACAUAUAUUAUGAGAAGGUUGAGCUGUACCAAAUUUUAAUUUGCUACUUCUGUAAGACUAAUUCUGUAGUAUGAAAAUGAGAUAGAUAGUGGAUAGAAGGGGUGUGUAGCCCUCCUGGCAUUGUAAUAUUGUAUAUAUAAAAGCUGCAGUUAGAGGGAA